UUUGAAAACAUUCGCAUUCAGUGUAUCAGGGACUCGACUGUGUUGACUGGUUAUGAUACGAUUGGGAGGAAACUGGUUGGUCCGGAUUCGAAUAGCGCUUACUGUUUUAGGAUUUCCAUAUUGUCUCUGUACAUCAAGAAUCAGGCCUCCCAUCUCAUGCUCUGCUGCCCAGGUUCCUGCCAUAACUGUUAAAAGCGUCAGUACCAGUGCCUGCAGUGCCUUCACCAUGUUCUCAGCCCCUAACGUCAAGGCCAGGUGCCUACAGUACCCGGGCUCAGAGAUCCAGCGUGUCCCCGUGCCCGAUGACAAGGUAGACUGGAAAAUUGACUGGCACAUGUACAGUCCAGUGAGCUACACGGCCCCAGUUGUGCUCAACAAGCCUGUGUGGGCCGAUCCUGACAUUGGGUCUUUCUCCCCGAGGUUCAACUCUCUGGAUGGCAAAGUGGACAGGCGGAGUCAUGAGGGGGAGUACAGAGUGGAGAACGGCAUUCCAAUAAAUCCUCACAGCCGCACUGGUUUGACUGGGAGAGGUUUGCUGGGACGGUGGGGACCCAAUCAUGCAGCUGAUCCCAUUGUUACCAGGUGGAAGAGGGACUCAGCAGGACUGAGAGUGUUUCAUCCAGUGUCCAAAAUGCCUGUUCUGCAGUUUGUGUCCAUCAAGAGGAAAGACUGUUUGGAAUGGGCUCUCCCAGGGGGCAUGGUUGAUCCUGGAGAACUGGUGUCCCUCACCCUACAGCGGGAGUUCUCUGAAGAGGCUCUGAACUCCCUGGACGCUUCCCCCGAGGAAACAGAACGGAUCCACGAGCGUAUCACUGCGCUGUUCGGCUCACAGGGUCUGGAGGUCUACAAGGGUUAUGUAGAUGACCCAAGAAAUACUGACAACUCUUGGAUGGAAACGGUUGCCGUCAACUUCCAUGAUGAAACAGGAAACAGUGUGAGUGAGCUCCCUUUGCAAGCAGGCGACGAUGCAGGGCAGGUGCAGUGGAUUGACAUUGACUCCGCCCUGUCCCUCUAUGCAAGCCACUCCCAUUUUCUGGAAGUGGUCGCCAAGAAGAGAAAUGCGCACUGGUAAAAGGGGAAAACAUUGUUUGGCAAAUAUUGGUUGCACUGACAUUGGAAAAAGUUUGAGUAAAAUUAUGGAAUGUACAAGUAGUCUGAUCUAAUCCAGUGGUGACUUAAAAGCCUUGUCUACAUCUGUCUCUAA